AUGGAGCAGAACAUGCUCGACAUGAAGCUGGAAGAGACGGGUGAACGAGAGCAGCUCAAGCAGUACAUCAUCAGCCACCUGAAUGAGUGUGGAUGGCGCGAGGAGCUCAAGAAGCAGUGCGUGGAGUUCAUUCAGAACAGGGGUGUGGAGAAAGUGACCCUCGAGGACAUGAUCAACGACAUCGCACCAAAAGGGAGAGCGUCUCUCCCCGAGAAGCUGAAGGUAGAGGUCUUCAACCGGUUGAGGACCUUCGCAGAGAAGCAGGGCAUGCAGCACUAG